UUGUCAGUCCUAUCCUAGGACAGUGGAGUUACAGUAACGUUUGAGAGCUCGCACGCUUUUCUGCAAAUAUUGAGGAUGACCUAACUUCAACAGACUGACAGUUGGCUAGAUAGGCAGACAUUGAUCCCGAAAAAUUACCCCCUCAAAUUGGGACGUUGUCAAUAUGCUAAUUCCCGGACUGGCCGUCUGAGCAGCAUUCCGGGAGGACCCCGCGGGCAUUCUGCUGAUGGGAACCCGGCCCCUCGCUCCGCCCACACCUCCGCCCCCCCGCCGCCAGUAACCAUGCCCCGCCCCUCGCCCCGCACGCGCCCCCACGGACCGGGUCCAAGAUGUGCGUUACCAUGGUGAUCAUUUGCAGCAAAACACUGGAAAAGAAGGUGGCCGUCGGUGAUGUAACGUCGAAGGAGUCAGAGCUGCGAAAGCCCCAGACCAUGAACAAAGGGACGACUCUCUUUUCCUGUGGCUCUGUGGAGGCCAGCCGGUGGCGGGACCUGGGGCGGACGUGCGGGGGCCAGCGGGACAGCCUAUGGGACGUCCUGCCCGAGGUGUGCCCGAGGGGCGGAGUCUGGGGCCGGGAGGUGGGCCCGGCCGGCAGCCUCACCAGCCUGAUCCGGGACCUGAGCCUGACGGACAGCUCCGCCGGCCCCGCCCCCUCCCUCCCCGCGGCCCCGCCCAGCAAGCGCCAGUGCCGCUCCCUGUCCUUCCCGGAGGAGUUGGGCUGCGGCCGGUCGCCGUGGCGACCCGCGGGCUCGCGCGUGUGGGUGUCGGUGGAGAAGAGGCGGUGCCACAGCGGGGGCAGCGUGCAGAGGGGCGUGGCCGUGGGCGGGGCCAUGCAGCGCAGCUCCAGCUUCAGCCUGCCAGUCAGCUCCGGCGCCCCGCCCCUCUCCCUGGAGCUGCCCCGCCUCGUCCAGCGCCAGCCCUUCAACCCCGCGCCCGCCCCCUCCUCGCCCCCGCGGCCCCUCUCCCUCUCCCAGGAGCACAUCAGCCCCCCCGGGCACAGCUCCCCGGACUCCACGCCCGAGCUGGACCGGCGGGCGGGGCCGGGGGGCCUGGCUCGGAGCCGCUCCCAGCCCUGCGUGCUGCAGGAGAAGAAGGCCGGGGUGAAGCGCAGGAGGCCUGAGGACCGCCGGGAGCCCCGGCCCUCCCUGGACCUGGCCAAGAUGACCCAGAAACUUCGGAAUUUCCAGAGCCUCAGUUGUCCUGGGUUCACCGGGUCCGACACCCGCCUGUCAAGCCACUCUCCGCCCAAUUUCCAUAGCACCAGCCAAUGCGAGACUGAUUACAUGUCACCAUGUGACCUGGGGGCGGGGCCAACGCUGAGAGCCAGGGACGGCGGAGGCAGCAGGACGGAGCUGUCCUAUGAGGAGCUGGACACUGAAGGCUUUGAGGCGGGGACCGCCAAUGGGGAGCAAGGCGACGCCCCCUGGGAGGGGUCUCACAGGGCGGAGAAGGACGCCUUCCAGUUGGGGGGCGAGUUGGACAUCGAGCAGAUUGAGAGGAACUGAACGAGACGCCCCGUCCCCCCCGUCCCCGUCCCGUUCUCCGGCAGAGCAGGGGCAUCCGCGCAAGCCACGGACAAGCAGGGAUGGAUUUGCGGAAGUGACGAGGGCGAAGCAAGUGGGAUUAUGGGAAACGGCGAGACCACGGCCUCGGCCUGGUCGCUGUGGAGGUGUUUUGAUUGACAGUAGCGGCAGGAGACUUGAGCGUGAGCUCCAGAGGCUAACGGACACGUGAGAGAGAGAGUUUGUGCGACUGCUUUGUAUUUCACGGAGAUAUCUCGGUCUGCGUGGACACAGAGUGGGAGGGGCUCGGCGGUGUGGGCGGGGAUGACGGGUGGGGCUUGGUGAAGGAGGCGGGGCUAGGGGCUGGUCUAUUCUCCAUCAGUCUGAAGGCGUCCAUGUAUGUAUAACGGAGUGAGCGACCAGGAGCUUUGUACAAAUUAAUGGAAGCAGGGAGCUUUACUGGUGACCCUGUGUGAGUUCCUCCAUUUUAACAGGAGCAGAUGAUGACCUGAAGGAGAGAUUGUACCCCCCCCCCCAUUCUUCACUCACAGACAGACAUGCGUCCUCUCGCUGUGUAGCAAAAUGAUCAAGCUUCUGUUUCAGAUGAAAAAUAACAGGGAUGUUUGUCUGACAAAUUGUAUCCUCUUCCUUCCUUUUGAUAAAUAAUGCUUAAAGCAUUUGUUUCUUUUUUGUCUUUUUACUAUUUUUUAAUACACAAAUAUUUCUAUUUGAAUAAACAACACUGUAUUUUAAUUUCACUGUUUCUCCUAAUAUAUAUUUUUCUAAUGGUCAGAUUUUUUAAGGAUGUUUCAAUAUUGUUGCCAGAAUGAAAAAAAAAAAAUGAAAAAAAGCAGGGACAAGACUACUCUUUCUUUAACAGCACAGAUGACGAAUAAAGAGUGCAUACUAUUUCA